CUUUAGGGAGCGAGAGAAUGGCGUGGGGAAAGGCCGCGAGCAGCGGCACCGACACCAGCGAUGGCGGUGAAGGCGGCGGCGGCGGCAUUCGCUUCCCACGGGCGUGUUUCAAGACGCGAAUCGAUGCGGCAUCCAGGUCCGCGGUGGGCGUCCUCACGGUCGAGGCGGGCGAUUUGCUCCUCCGCGCCUCUUGCACCGACGACACCUUCGCCAGCGGCCCAUCCCUCGACGGCCUCUCCCUCGGCGUCGAGAAGCCCGGCUCCUUCCUCUUCGACUACGAUCUGGGCUCGCGCUCCCCAAAGUUCCACUUCUCCAGCACCGCCAGUGUCAUGGGCUCCAGGACGCUCAAUCUCUGCUACACCCACCACCAGAGCGAUCCAUCCUCCACCGCGGUCGAGGCGGCGCUCACGCUGGAUCCCAAGAACAAGCUCGGCCUGAGCUACGAUUUCGCGUCCCAGGCGGGGAGAGUGAGGUACUCGUUCGUGCACGAUCGAUCUGGGGCUUGCUUGGAGCCGGCAUUCCACCUGGGAACCAAGACGUGGGAUUUUGGAGUGUCGAGGAAGGUGAGCAAGGAGGAUAGCAUCAAGGCGACGUACAAGGGGCUGGACAAGAGCAUUGCCGUGGACUGGUCGAGAGCGAGCAAGGAUGGAACUGGGCCUUUCAAGAUCUAUGCGGACAUUCCACUCGCGAGAGAGAGCUCCAAGCCGCCAAAGCUGAUGAUGGAGAAAACUUGGAGCUAUUGAUAUUCCUUCGUUCGUUCAUUCGAUCACUCUUGAUAAAGCCUAGUUUUUUUUUUU